AUGGCAAAGCAGAAGGCAAUAGCACAAAGAUAUGAAGAUUGGAAAGAGUCGUAUGCCGAGUUGCCACGUUGGAUGCUAGGGGUUCAGUCCACCAUGGCCAGGACGAUUACAGUAUUGAAGACUUCUCUGGUUAGACUUGGGGAUCAGGUAGAUGAGUCUACAGUCUACUUUCAUCAUCUUUUCUGGAUAUUUCCACCCUGCAUUGAGGCCUUUCGACAAUGUAAGCCCAACGUGAGCAUCGACGGUACCCACUUGUAUGGAAAGUAUGGAGGUACCUUGCUGCUGGUGUUAGCGCAAGAUGGGAACUUGAACAUCUUACCGAUAACGUUCGCACUUUUGGAGGGAGAAAAUGCGGAGUCAUGGUCCUUUUUCUUAUCCAACCUACGACAGCAUAUGAUGCCGCAGAAAGGCAUUCUUGUUAUCUCCGACAGGCAUAACGGCAUCAGGGCUGCCCUUAAGGCCUCCGAUGGUGGUUGGCUACCUCCACGUACUUUUCGACUGUUCUGUAUUUGUCAUGUGGUGGCAAAUUUUAGCCUCAGCUUCAAAGGUCAAGACGUGAGGAGGAUGUUAGUGAAUGCUGCCUAUGCAAAUACUGAAGCAGAAUUUGAUUACUGGUUUGACAUUAUGCGGACUGAGAAUCCGACUAUGUGUGAUUGGGCUAAUUGA